AUGAGAUGUGGCAUCGGCGGUAGAAUUGCACUGGAAAAGUAUGCACAAGAGCGAAAUCCAGCAAAAAGACUAGUGAAGUCUACUCAUGGCAUGGUAACCAAGAUCAAAAGCGAAGCUCAACUCUUUGCUCACUAUUCACUUCUAUCUCGAUGUAGCGCGUCAGAUAGCGUAACAAGCAACAGAUGUCCCAGCACAGUAUCACUAGAAAGAAUCAUCUAUGCCGACCAGUGCGUGGAAAAAGGUAUCGCCGUUGCAGCCAUAGUGGACAACGUCAACAGUCAACAACGCUUUGUCCAUCAGGACACAUCAAUAUACCAAUUCCCCUGCCUCCAAACUCCGGAUAUUGCGGAAGCAAGUGUUUCUGCCCGAAAUGGACAAAAACUUGCUCAUUCUACAAUGGACGAAAUAAGGAAACAUCACAAGCCAUCAACGUUCCCUCGUCGAUCUUCCAACUACAAACCGCCACACGUAUGCUCGUUUCACGGAUCAUCAAUGUGCUCAAGUUCGAAAAAAGUGGGAAUUUUUUAUCAGGUUGAACUCUAUGAUGGCACGACAAUAAUUGUACCGGAACUGCGCAUCACAACAAGGCAGUUUUUCAAUAAGGAAGACUACUACUGCUUCGACUACGAUGGAAAAUUGAUACCUAGUCCAGUUUCGAUCAAGGCAUCGAAGUCCGGAUCGCCGGCCUUCUGCCGAUAUCACACGUGCUCACAACCAACAGCUGGAUCUGUCUUCUGCACUUAUUACACACCCAUCACGACGCUUGAAUACGCGAACUCCUCCAUCGUAAUACGAGCCUGGGGAACUGUGCCAAAAGAGUAUUUCUCUCACAGAAGUACUGAAAGCUCAAAGGAAACUACUCGAUCCCUAGGAGGAAUAACUGUUGAAACGAUCAACACUUUGGAUGUACUCGAAAGCUGCAGCACAUCAACAUGCAUUUUCGUGAACAACUAUCAAUCCAACCAGCCGAUACUAUUUCCAACAUCAAUAGUGAUGUUCGAAUAUGAAGUCUCAAUCAAUGGAUGGCUCAACGGUGAAAGAAUACUCUCCUCGACAUUAAAGUGCCCUGGACAACCACUCUGCGAAACGCUCAACUGCAAAAUAUGCUGGGAGAAGAUAUACAAUUUCCAAUGCUGGACAACUACAGAAAUAGCAACGUCGGGAAUUCUCAUCAUUGCAGUAGUCCUCCUUCUCCACAUCUUCACACCGCUCUUCACACUACUCUACAGGAUUGGAAGAAAAUCGUUAUAUCUGCCCCUCGUCGCCGUAAAAACGACUGUCACCAUAUACAAGAGAUUUUCCGGGAGAAACCAGAGCUACCCAAUCGAAAGAUCACCGUAUCAACUAAGAAGGAGAAGAAGAAGACCAUAUGGAAUAGUGGCUACCAUCGUCUGUCUAGUCUCUACUGUCCGAUGCUGCUCCGAUAUAGAGAAACAUCAUACUGCACAAUCACCGAAAACGAAGAGAAAUGCAUAUACGGACAAACUACCCAGCUGCUCCUUCAACCGAUCAGGACAAGAAGCUUGUCUCCUACUCAAAAACAAGGAAAACCGAAUCAUGGCAACAGUUUCCAUACGACUGAAACAAAUCUCUCACAUCUGUAAACAGAAACCGAAUAUUUCACAAGAGAUUACGAGUUCUUCACGGAAUCCCGACAUCAGUGCUAUAACACUGAAAGCUGCAGAGGUAACACCUGCGCUACCUACAUCAUCCACGAUAUACCGAGUCUUUUCAUGCCCCACAUGGAGCAUCCAAGCAGAAGGAACCGUCACGCUAAGAACAGAAAGUUCUACUACUGCUCAACACUUCACUCUCCAGCCAGGAAUUCCUUUCACAUGGAAUAACCUUCGACUGACCUUUGCAGGUACAAUUCUACCAAAUCUUCCGAUUCUAUCAAGCUAUUUCAUAACGGACGGCAACAUCGUGACGCGAAUCGAACCAUCUCAGCAAGGACAACUUCUACCAAACUCCGCCGGUCAGUUACAAUGUAGAACAGAAGAAGAAGCAAAGUCUUUUGGGAGCUGCAUUUUCGCACAAUAUGCAUGUUCCUGUAACCCAAGAAAAUACGCAGUCACAUGCUCCUGUCCAAAUGGGACAACGUCGUCAUUUCUGCACAAUAAACAUAAUAAGCUUCCAGUAAUUACAGGUCAAGCAGCACUGAUAAAUGAGCGGCAAACCAUUAAGGCAAAAACAACAAUCGACUCUGCGCUCACAAUUCAGAUAUCAACGAACGAACUAGUCAUUGCUGCUAGCAUCAACAACAAUUCAUGUCAAGUACAUAUGGAGGAGCUGACAGGAUGCUAUUCCUGCACACAGGGAGCGAUUGCUAAUGUCUCGUGCAGGUCAUCAAUAAGUGAAGAAACGGCACAAAUUGAGUGUUCAGAUACAACCAGAAUCGUUCGCUGCACCCCAGAGGGAGAAAUUUCCACGGUGCGAUUCCACUUCAUCAACUCAAUGGUCAACGAAAACUGCACAGUCAGAUGUCCAGGAGGAAUUUCAACAGUCAUUCUGAAGGGACAACUCGCAUUCGUCAAUGAAGCAACUUUCAUCACAGAAAUGAUCACACCAAGGCGAUCAUUCAAAUCAUCCAGUAGUGGAUUUACCUUUGAGAACGUCUCUAAUUUUUUCUCAGAUAUCUUUGCAAAAAUACCAGGCCUUUUCGGAUUCUUUUCGAAUUUCAAAAUUGUAUGGACUUCCAUAUGUCUGUUUUUUCUGAUACUUUGUUUUCUCGCGAUAUACAAAAAAUACAAACAACUCACAUCCCACUCAGAACUGCCGAGCAAAGUUGUAAGAAAAAAGAAAACUAAAUAG